UGACAGCUACAAACGAAUACGAAUUGAUUUUUCACUCGGAAAAUAAAAGCGCACAAAUACUUGGAUAGAUAUCAAUCUAAAAAAGUAAAAGGAUUAAAGAUGAAAAAUUCACAAGUCGAUCAGAAGCGUGCCCUAAACAAGCUGAAGCACGACUUGGAACCAUUCCGUACAGCCAUUGUGGGCGCCUAUGGAGUGCUUACCUGGGAGAAGCAGUAUUAUGCCGGAGUAGUUUUUUGCAGUGUUAGCUUUAUGUACCUUCUUCUAUGGUAUAUGGACUUGUCAUUGAUUACACUGUUGUCGUUGUUAGCUCUGAUGACAAUUGUAUUGGAUUUCAUUUUUCCAACUUUAUCUCGUAUUGUCUUUCGUAACGACCAUUGGGAUGGAGAGCUUGAAGCAAAGUUCGAGGAAGUGUGUGGUCAAGUGUGCAACAUCAAGGAAAAUUUGGGAAUGUGGUACUAUUACUUUUUUAAGGAGCGCAAAUCUACAGUGUUUGUCAUCAUUAUAAGUCUUGGUUUGUUGCUGCUCGCAUGGAUUGGUGCCAUCAUUAACAAUUUGCUGCUCAUGUACUUAGCCACUGUAAUGGUGGCGAUGUGGCCGGGCUUGCAAGAUAAGGAUGUUUUUAAGUCGAUUACUGAGAAGGCUUCCAAAAUUAUCGUCGAGAAAAUUCAAUGCGGUAAAAAGAAGUUGCAGUAAAGGGCACAGAAUUUUUGGCCGCGGAAGCAAAAACAUGUAAUUUAGGAAAUCUCGUCAUGCUCAUGCAGCCAUCACAUCUUAUUUUAAUACAUCUGACCAAAAAUAAAACUGUAUAACUAA